CUAAAACCCCAGACGUCUCAACCAUGGCAUGGUUGGGUCGCCUGCGAGUAGCUGCCGCCUCCGCCACACUGCAGGUAAAGCCGCUUCGCCAAAUGGUUCGUGGGUAUAUAUAUGGAUCGGCAGCGGCGGUGGAGCUUGAUUACGAUGACGACUAUGAUUACUACGAGGACGAGCAGUUUCAGUUGAAGCUUGAAAACCAUUUUUUUUUAAGUGCAAAAGGGAACUAUUAUAAAUGCAAAUUAUCAAGUGAGAUACACAGAGUUUCCUGCCAGAUCGUGGCAAUAAGUUACAUAACAGAUUUGAGGAAAAAAAUCAAAAAUAGAAAGGAGCCGGGGUCCUACAUUGAAGCACCUAACUUGGCCGAAACACCUGCAACCUCGCUGCCUUCUCUGUAAACAUGAGAUAUCUGCACUUCUUCAAAUAGGCUGAGAAGAGAUGUUCAAGAAUCAAAUUCACUCUUGAAA